GAAGAUCUCAGCCUCGAUUGCCGCCGGACGAACAGCUUUGUGCGCGAUAUCCUGAGGCAGAACUUCCUCCUUCAAGGUCCUUCCAAGACCUAUCGCACUGGGCCGGCAGCAAAGAUGCUAGAAGAUCGGUGCACUCCAGAAGGGAUUCGCCUGCACGAGAAGAAGAGACGAGAGCGCAUGAAGUGGAUAGAGCACGAAAAGAAGUGCUUGGCAAAGAAGUACAAAAUCGGGAAGCAGGACAUCGUCGGCUGGUGGGAUGAAGACGAGCACAAGUGCUAUGCCCCUGUUCUGCAUGAAGCUUUUUAA